AUGUGGUACGGCGGGUCGCAGGAUGCACUACCGCGAAUGCGGCAACAAUUAGCAUUGGAUGCUGUAUGGGUUGUACCGGGGGAAAUUCGCAAGCAUUACCUACAGGAUGAAUUACAUUGUGACAGGUUAGAGGCCAGCGUAUAUUUAAAUUGGUCCGCAGGUGCCGGUUUAAAAAAUCAAGUAAAAAUUGUGCUUGAAAAUGGAUAUGCAUGCAGCGCGCCUGCUAGUUUGCUUGCUGCAUUCUCUGAAAUUUUUCGUAAACUUAUUUUAAUAAAGAUAUCGCAGGAACAGUUCUCUUCUGGUAAAGAAAUUAUAGUUCACCUAAACGGUAUGCCGAAUCUUACAAAUGCCGGUCUCUACAAUGUGGUAGCUUUCAUUCAGAAUGGGCAAAUAAAAUUUUUGGAAACUGAAUUGGAGAAUAUUUUAGUAGCAGCCAAUGAUCUCCGAGUAACUGCAUUGGUAUCAUUAAUUUGUGAAGAAAUGACUGUACGCAUAUUAGAAAAUACUUCAUCUGCAGUUUCGAUGCUAUAUACAGCUGUUGCUUGCUUACCUCCGCAGUCACAGUAUCGCAGCAUGGUUGUUGAUGGCGCGGCGAUGAAAUUUCGUGAUAUUAUGAUAAGCCCAGAACUUUUGAAACUAUCAUUCGAAAUGCUUUAUUCUCUCAUUUCUUCGCCAGUAUUGCAAGGAUCUGAAUGGGUGAUGCAAAUUUACGAAACAAUCUUAUUCUGGCUCCGAAAUAAUCCUGAACAGAUUUGUCUUGCGCCACCCCUCUUGGACAGUGUCAAUUUCAAGAUUAUUAUUAAUGCGCAUGAUAAUCGACUUGAAAUAAUAAAGAAGUCAUGGGAAGUGCCAAACUUAGGACCAAUUGUGCAACUCUUUUUAAUGGAUGCAGCUUAUGCCCAAUUUUUGGACGGUUUAAUGUUACCAGUAAAUCGCGACCAGUCGUUAUCAUCGUCCAUUUAUACGAUAUCGGGUGCAGAAACUGCGACUGUACCAACUCCAAUGAGAGGGCCAUUAGGAUUAGCGCCAUCACCUCUUGGGUCAUACAUCAUUGCACCUUUUGAUUCCACGUCACAUAUAACAACCAGAAGUAUUAGUAAUGAAACAUCCGUAUCAUUGGAAAAAAAUUGGUGUCCAACCCAACAGCUUCCAAUAGGAUGCGGUAGUUCUCACAAUCCGACCGGUUAUCAGAGCAGCCUUGCGAAUACCGCAACCCAAACAGCACAGGCAAAGAUUGCAAGUAAUGUUGGUGACAGUGGACAAAGACUUUGGUCUGAAGUUUUAGCUGAUAGACCAAAGCAUACUUCAAAAAGUGGAAAUCUAACAGGUGAAAUGGUUUCAUUCCAAAGUACCACUGCACUUUCAACAUUACCAUCGAAAAGCUCUCACGAUUCGAUUCCUACGGUAAUUACAGCACGUAGUGGCCCGGCUUUUACCUAUUCAAGUGCUGCUACUGGUGGUAAGCAGGAAACGUCAACCGCUAUCACAAGCUCUCCAACACUCGAAUCAGUUGGAAUUCGAACAAGCAGUAGUCAAGAAUCAGCGUCAAGUUCGAAACGACGACGUAAAUUUGAGCAAAUCCCAUUACGAACCGAACCACCAAAAAGUCGCAAAGAAUUGCGCAAGGAACGACAGGCACGUGAAAGAGCUGGGAAGAAAUGA